AUGGCCGCAGAAAAACCCUUGAUUUUCGCCCCGCCCACCUACCAGUACGAAAAGGGCCAGUUGAACGAGGCUGACAUCAACAGCAAUCCGCUCACGCAAUUCCACAAAUGGUUCCAUGAAGCACAGCAGACGUUGCCCGAGGGCCUGUCGGCGAUUCCUGAAAGCGUUGUUUUUUCCACCGCCAGAUUGCCGGAGGGCAGGAUCUCUUCCAGAGUCGUGCUUCUUAAAGAACUCGACCCUCACGGGUUCAUUGUGUAUUCUAACUGGGGCACCAGCAAGAAAUCGAAGGACUACAGCACCAACAAACACGCGUCGCUCACGUUCUUUUGGAGCCACAUCCAGCGCCAGGUCCGCGUGGAGGGCGUCAUGGAAAAAGUCACACGCGAGACUUCCGAGCGCUACUUCAAAACGAGGCCUCGCGGCCUGAAGAUCGGUGCCUGGGCGUCUCCGCAAUCCGAGGUGAUCCAGUCGCGGGGCGAGUUGGACGUUUUGUACAAGUCGUACGAGGAGAAGUUUGCGGAUUUGGCCGAUGACGAGAUUCCGUGCCCGGACUUCUGGGGCGGGGUCCGCAUCGUGCCUUUGGAAAUCGAGUUUUGGCAGGGCGGCGUCAGUAGAUUGCACGACCGCCUCACUUUUACCAGGGAAAAGACUGAUGGGGAGUGGGCGGUGAAACGUAUCUCUCCAUAG